CUGAUCCUUUGCCCUUCCUACGCCAGCUGCCACCUUGUCAUAAUGUGCUUCAUGAACCUUCCAGACUGUGCCGUGGAAUCCCUGUCCAUUGAACGGGCUACCAAGUGGGAAAAUUGGCGUGACCCACAAUUGCAAGGCUCUGUGCAUUCCCACUAGAUGUCCGGUACCAUCGUCCCGGACCUGGAAGGUGGCGCACUAAAGUCCACCGUCGUGCCUUUGGAUCGAAAGCGGUCAUCUGUAGCGGUCAGCGUAGGGGCUGCUCUGAACGUGCGCACAUGGCAAUCUUAAAGCCAAACAAGCAUGCGAAGAUGUAUGACAUGGUGUCCCCUCUCAUCUAGCUUCAACUUCCACAGUCGCCAGAAGUUGGCCAUGUCUGAUCCCACAGUCCAACACGCGGCGUAUAUCAAUCAGCAUCCGUUAGGCCUGAAUAUCUCCGCAGAGCAUUCGUUUGAACAUGAUAGACUCAUGAAGCCGAGCCUAUCAGGCGGGCGUGUCUAUGAGGCGACAGAAAAUGGUAGCACUGGGUCCACCAAGAAACCUGGUCGCAGUGUUUUGCGUCUUACCCCCACCCAGCUUGAGCGCAAGCGGGCCAGGGACAGAGAAGCUCAGCGGACCAUGCGUGAGCGGGCCAAGAACGUGAUUGAAUCUCUUGAGAAACUGAUUAUGGAGCUCAAGAAAGAAAAUCAGUGGCUGAAGCAAGAGAACCAUAUACUGAAGAAAAAUGGAUGUCUGCUUCAAGAACUGGAUAAACGAGACAGGAGCAAUUUGCCAAGUGUGGACGGGCCCAAAAUAAAGAACGAGAGCGGCGGUCACCUUUUCUCCACAAACUCCUCCCAAGGUCUCCCACAUGUGCCGUUGUUUAUAGGCAACCCUUAAGCGAGGCAGGAAAUUUUGCAACCUCCCUACCCGAGACCGGUUAUGAACUCUAGCUACCCCCAUGCAGAAUGGACAUCUGAGCCUUCGCUGACCAUGGCAAUUGGCAUGACGCACGCAGACGACAGCUCAUGGGUUUCGUACUCGAGCUCCCUAUCUUCAUCUACACUUGGCUUCAAGAAGACGAGCAUCCUGAACAAGCCUAUACUCCAGUUGAACAUCACGAUACUGCACCCAUAAAAGCAGAUCGCAGCAGUUAUUGUACGAUCCUUUUCCUAGCGAUUCGACUUUUUUUUCUCACAAAGCAUGGCAGCAUCAAACCUGCCACCUGUUAGUCCGCAGCCAUAUAGAGCUAUAGAAUUUCCACCCGCAGCUUCAGCGGAGGCCUCAGCACUCCGAGCACC